AUAUGAAAAGACUGAAAAUAUCCUCUUUCUACUUCUUUCUUUCUGCUUUACUCCACAACUCUAUCUUCUUUCUUCUUCUACAUUUCUCUAUUUUCCUCGAUGCACACACAUCUUCAAGGAACCCACUCCUCUCAAAUUUCACAUCCAACCUCUUACCUGCCUAUUGAAAAGUAUUAUGGGUUAAUUUUUCUCGUUUCACCCAAAACCAACUCCACUCUCUCUAUAACCCCAAAACCAAUGUGGAAUUGAAGUUAGAAGGAUACAUGGAGCUACUCCUCGUCAUCUUGACCCAACGGUGUUGGAAGAUUCAAAUCGAGAAGAUAGAGUGAUACUAGCGAUGGUCCAAAGGAGCUCAAAGGUUGCCACAUCAAAACGCAGGUUUCCAUUUCCAAACCAACAACACGCUUUUUAAAUCUUUUACCAAACACACCUUUUCAAUUUUGGGCUGAAUAAGGCACUUUUUAGGCUUAUAAAGCCGAACCAAACGGGCACUUAAACAUGGCAAUUAUUUCCUCGACACUUCUACUUGCCAUCCUGUAUACCAUGUUCACACUCAUUGCUCAAGCCACCGCCCAGUUCCUAUACCAUUCAUGUUUUAACGUUCGGGGUAACUACACCACUAACAGUACCUACGAGGCAAACCUCAACCUUGUUCUCUCCAACAUCUCCUCCAACAAACAAGUUGAAAACGGCUUUUACCCUAAUUCUAUGGGCCAAGACCCUGACAAAGUUUAUGCAAUUGGUCUUUGUAGAAAAGACAAAAAGCAAGAUGAUUGUCUUGAUUGCCUCAAGAACGCUUCGAGGGUUCUCCCACAACACUGCCCAAAUCGGAAGGAGGCAAUAGGAUGGUACGAUUAUUGCAUGAUACGCUUCUCGGACCGCUCCAUAUUUGGCAUCAUGGAAAUUAAUCCCUCAAUGUUCAUGUGGAACACUGAUAGCGUAUCAGACCAAGAUGGGUACAAAAGGCAGCUUCAGACACUGUUUGAAAGCAUGAGAAGUGAAGCUGCAUCAGGUGAUUCUUUCAAGUUUGCGGCGAGAACCUCACUCGCCCCGGACUUGGGCAGAUUAUAUGUCCUAGUUCAGUGCACUCCUGAUUUGUCCGAGAAAAACUGCAGUGAUUGUUUGACAUCCGUUUACGGAAAUAUUCCACCAGUUGUUGGAUCGCAAGGUGGGAGAACUUAUGCACCCAGCUGUAAUUAUAGGUUUGAGACCUACUCUUUUUUCAACGUUGCUUAUGCAGCAUCACCGCCGCCGCCAUUUUUGGCAUCUUCUCCUCCUCCUCCGCCUCCGCCAGUUCCUAUAACAGGAAAGGAGAGAAAGAAAACUCAAACUACCGUCGUUAUUGUUGUUCCGUCUGUUAUUGCUAUGGUACUUACCAUCAUUAUUUGCAUCUUUCUAAGCGUGAGGAAGCCAAAAGAUAAUUUUGAAACUGUGGAAGGAAUAAAAAGUGUGGAUUCCUUGCAAUUCGACUUCAGCACUAUUAGAGCUGCCACAAACAAUUUUUCUGAUGCAACCAAACUUGGGAAAGGUGGAUUUGGGAUAGUUUACAUGGGAAAGCUUUCAAAUGGACAGCAGAUAGCUGUGAAAAGAUUGUCAAGAAACUCUCAACAAGGAGAUUCGGAGUUUAAAAAUGAGGUUCUAUUGGUAGCGAAACUUCAACACCGGAAUUUAGUUAGACUUCUUGGAUUUUGCUUGGAAGGGAAUGAGAGACUUCUUAUAUAUGAAUUUGUGCCUAACAGAAGCCUUGAUUACUACAUUUUUGAUCCAAUGAAGUGUGAAAAUAUCAAUUGGGAAAUGCGUUUUAAAAUUAUAAGAGGCAUUGCUCGAGGACUUCUAUAUCUUCAUGAGGAUUCACGGCUUCGAAUUAUUCAUCGUGAUCUUAAAGCUAGCAAUAUUCUCUUAGAUGCAGAAAUGAAUCCAAAAAUUUCAGAUUUUGGCAUGGCGAGAAUAUUUGAACUAGAUCAAACUGAAGGCUGUACAAAUAGAAUUGUGGGGACCUAUGGAUAUAUGGCACCAGAGUAUGCAAUGCUUGGACAGUUUUCAACAAAGUCAGAUGUCUUUAGCUUCGGGGUGCUAAUUUUGGAGGUUUUGAGUGGACAAAAAAUUACUCAUUUCCAUGAUGGAGAAAACCCAGAGUAUCUUCUAAGCUAUGCAUGGAAAAAUUGGAGGGAGGAGACAACUUCAAAUCUCAUAGAUCCCACAUUGAGAGAUAGUCCAAUAACUGAAAUGAUGAGAUGUAUCAAAAUUGGGCUACUAUGUGUUCAAGAAAAUGCAAUUGACAGACCAAGUAUGACUUCCGUUGUUCCCAUGCUUAAUGGCAAUUUGGAUCCUAUUCCUACACCAAAACAACCUGCUAGUUUUAUGCAGAGCAAAGUUGUAUCAUCCACAUUAGUACAACAUGACAUUAGUUCCAGCGUAACUAACAAUGAGGCUUCAAUAAGCGAAUUAUGUCCAAGAUAAUGCUUUGUGAUUCGGGACGGGGUUACAAUAAGCAUAUUGGUCUAGAAAAAUUUCACUUAAUGCAAUUCAUGUAAAUUAUUAAAGUAUGUGUCAAAUAUUAUAUUAUGAACUUCUUAUGUAUUGUCGAAACCUAAAAUUAGAAGGAUAAUCUUGUUUAGAGAAAAACCUUUCAAACACCUCCUAUAUAUUUUUGUUUGAUGUGAAUUUUGAAA